GCUUCUGUGAAAGCUCUUCGGAGCUGCCCAUUUAGGCAUCAUGAGUACCUUUUUAGUGUAAGUAGUCAUUCCUGUUACAGCUAUUGUACUUAGAUGAGGAGUUGGUGGUGGGGGAGGGAGCCGUCACCACCAGGGUUCUCGAUGCGCGAGACAUGGCAUUGGAGAAGAUUAAGAUGUAAAUGUGGAUAUCUAUGGCGAUAGCAAGUACUGGGUCCUCAUCUGGUGUCAUAACGCGUCCACGUUUACUAACAUUACCUUACUCCUGCGUUUCUGGCGGUUGUUGCAGCUACGCAAUUCUUCUUAUAAACCCCUCCAUGUCUCCUCUCCCGAGUUGAUCUCUCUCUCUUUUCUCUCUUCCCAUUCUCACACUUACACAACCCUCUCACAUACCACCCUCACCCAAAAAACAACUGCAAUCAUGUCUUUCGGUCGAACUGUCACCCUCAACUCGGGCCACAAGAUGCCCCAGAUCGGCUACGGCACCUGGCAGGCUGCCCCCGGUGAGGUCGGCAACGGUGUCUACGAGGCCCUCAAGGCCGGUUACCGUCACCUCGAUCUUGCCAAGAUCUACCAGAACCAGCGUGAGGUCGGCGAGGGUAUCAAGAAGGCCCUCAACGACGUCCCCGGCCUUAAGCGUGAGGACAUCUUCAUCACCGGCAAGCUCUGGAACAACAAGCACCGCCCUGAGGAGGUUCCCGGUGCUCUUGAUGACUCCCUUGAGGAGCUUGGUCUUGACUACCUUGACCUCUGGCUGAUCCACUGGCCCGUUGCCUUCAAGAACGGCCCCGAGCUCUUCCCCCUCAAGGCCGACGAUAAGAACAAGACCGAGCUUGACCAGGGCGUCACCCUGUCCCAGACUUGGGAGGCCGUUACCAAGCUGCCCAAGGAGAAGGUCCGCUCCAUUGGUGUCUCCAACUUCUCUAUUGAGAUGCUUGAGACCAUCAUCAAGGACACCGGUGUCACCCCGGCCAUCAACCAAGUCGAGCGCCACCCUCGUCUUCCCCAGCCCGAGCUUGUCAAGUACCAGAAGGAGAAGGGUAUCUACCUGACCGCCUACUCUGCCUUCGGCAACAACUCAUGGGGCGAGCCUCUCCUCAUCAACACCCCCGAGGUCAAGGCUAUCGCUGAGCGCCUCAGCAAGUCCAAGGGUAAGGAGGUCACGCCCGCCCAGGUCAUCCUCGCCUGGUCCACCCUCGACAACCACAUCGUCAUCCCCAAGUCCGUUACUCCCGCUCGUAUUCGCAGCAACUUCGAGGAGGUGGAGCUUGACGAGGAGGCUAUCAAGGAGCUUGAGAAGUUCGGCGAGAAGCCCCAGCGUUUCAACAUCCCCAAGACCUACUCUCCUGAUUGGGACAUUGAUGUUUUCGGCGACGAGAAGGAGAAGACUGCUACCCACAAGGUGGUUCUUAAGCUGUAGAGGCUUUCAUGAUACCAAGUUAUGAUGCAUGACGACAUAGAAUAGAUCAGUUAAAAGGUUGGGCGGAUGAAAACUUGACCAUAGAAAAAAAUUACAAAAAUUAAUGAUCAUCUCUCCCUCCUAUAAUACAGUGCUUACACCCUGACAA